AAGAAAACAUCUGCAAAUGAAUCAAGCUGAUUGAUCCUUACCUCCUCGUUUCCUGUUUCUGCUUCUCGUGAGACAGGAGGUAAUGGCUGCAGCGAAGUCCGUCGUUCUGGUCGUAAUAUCAUGCUGCCUGAUUGCUGCGAGCAAUGGUAUGAAUUUUCCUUCGUUCUUCCCAAGAGAUAAAUUUGGUGGCUUUCCGUCGUUCCCAGCGCAAAACAUAUUUUCUCCGUUGAUGUUGGGUUACUACAAUCGUCCCGGAAUCUGCAAACAAAAUCCAGAAGUUAUUAUCCAACAAAUUGUAAAUGGUUCUGUUGCUGCCGACCGUACUUUAGCAGCGGGCCUCCUCCGGAUGCAUUUUCAUGAUGCUUUCGUCAGGGGUACUGAAGCUUCGGUGCUGCUCAAGUCUCCAAACAAUGACGCCGAGAGAAAUGCCAUUCCAAAUCUCAGCUUGAGAGGUUUCGAGGUGAUCGACGCAGCAAAAGCCGCGGUGGAGAAAGUUUGUCCCAAUGUAGUCUCUUGUGCUGAUAUUCUUGCUCUGGCGGCACGCGACAGUGUUGUAGCUAUUGGUGGACCUUGGUGGCCAGUUCCAACUGGUCGCCGCGACGGAGUCCAAAGUCAUGCCAGCGAGACGACGGAUUUGCCACCACCUUCUGCAAACUUCACUCAGCUUCUCAGCAUGUUCCAGAAAAAGAACCUCGACAAGGUUGAUCUUGUUGCCCUGUCAGCUGCACAUACCAUUGGAAGAGGUCACUGUGGUGCUUUCUCCAGCCGCAUUUACGAUGCCGCUGGUAACAAUGCUAUCGAUCCCACACUGGACGCAGCUUAUGCCAACAAGCUGAGAGGCUUCUGCCCGCCAAGAGAUACAGUAACCACCGUAGAAAUGGAUCCCAAUAGCAGCCUCAACUUCGACAGUCACUACUUCCAGGCGGUACUCGCAAAACAGGGCCUCUUCAAAUCGGACGCGGCGUUGCUUACUGACGCUGGUGCUCGAAGCCUUGUUCAAACGGGUGCUAGCGCUCCUAUCAUUUUCAAGUCCCAGUUUGGAUUCUCUAUGACCAAGAUGGGCAAGAUUGGCGUACUCACGGGACGUCCAGGAGAACCUCCGAGCCAAAUUAGAAAACAGUGCGCUUUUGUGAACCCGUAAAACGCCUCGUUCUAAUAAUUUUGUACUUCCGGUGCUGGCAACUAUUUAAUUAGAUGCCUGACCACCAGAACAAGAAGUUGUUAAAAGGAAAAAAAGGAAAAAAAGGAAAAACAGAAACAAAGAAG